AUGAUCUGUGGCCCCAGCUUGGAGCAGGACAAGGAACCGGGUGGUUUUGAAGAUCAUCAAGUUUUCCAUAAAUGGGCACAAUUGAGCUUGCCCCGGAAUCCGUCUGCUGGAGCCGUGGGUUUCUUGAAGGUGGAUAUAUCCAUCGUAUUUCGGGGAGAUAUUCAAGUAAUGCCUGUUGUUGUACAGGAGAACAGAUUAGAAGACAAUCUGUUGUUACCUUCUGGUGCUGAACAACAACCGGCUAAUUACAUCGUCACCGUAUACGGAGCGUUUGGUCUGCCAAACGGUGCGCACGGUCAAGGAGACAGACGUUUUGGAAAAUUACCGAGUACUUUCGUCAGGGUGUCAUUUUGCGGCCUUUCGGCAAAAACUGCAGUUCAAGCUCGUAACAAUCACCCAGUAUAUUGUGAGCAGAUAUCCAUUGUGGAGAUGUUCCCGACUAUGAGUGAGAUGAUUCGGCUGGAGGUGUGUUCUGGAGAAGGCUGCUUCAACAGAGUGCUGGGCAGUGCAAAUCUGAAGCUAAGCCAGGUCUCACAUGACGGAGAAAAUGGAUUUCUACCUACAUUCGGACCCUCUCUUCUUCACAUGUACGGAGCAACUACUUCGGGCACGUUGGCAGCCACCGGUGAUGAUGGGCCCUACCAUAGAGGAGCGAUGCUUGUGUCUUUGAAGACGCUUGUUCCUUACUACCAGCAGGAACUUCGCAGCACCAGCGUGGAACCUGUAUCGCCUUUGCAACUGGAAAAUUUAUGGCUAAUGGAAGACUUCUGUAUGUUCUGUCCAAUUCUGGAAGUUUCGAUGCUAGAUCGACGAAUCUCUGGAAAACUUUGUGGCAUUGCUAUCACUGUGGGUGAACUGCCCACAGAUGAUCAAGGGGAUGAGGAACAACGAAAGCUCUACUACACUGGUUCAAUGGAUGUGCUAAAGACUCGCCCAGUACACGGCUACCUCGACUUUGAGAACACGUUUCCAGUUCUUCAGCUAGCCAUGAGAUUACCAGACUUCAGGUUUAGGAUGUACAGAAACAAUAUGGUUCAUGGCAUCGUUACUGAUUUGGAACAAGCACUAACUGAAGUAGAGCGUCGUCUCAAAAACUCUGAGUUUAAUUCUUUAAGAGAGCUAACAGAAGAUCUGAGCAAGGCCGUGGAUGAUACUGCUGGCAAUAUUCUCAAGUUUCUGGACAUCAUACAGUACUCCACUCCUGGAGGUAGCAGUGAUAACACCAUGAUGAAGUACAGCACUGAACUAGACAAUAAGCAAGUGGCUUUACAGAAGGAGGAAAUUGAAAAAAUCUAUCAGCAAAUUACUAAAAGGCCACAGAGGGGUUCUUCAAUGAGCUUUGUCAAUAGCCUGACUAAGACGGAUUCCAUAAACAGUACAAAGAGAGAUGUCAAGCUAAUGUUAGCGGAUACUAAACAAAUUGCUGAGAAUCUGAAGAGUUUAAUUUACAAGCCGCUAUGGUUCUACCCUCCAUUGACUGCACGGUUGAUGAGGUGGCUGGACAACUGGCUGCCGCGCAACGUAUCGCGGAUUCUGUUCCGGUACGAAACAACUUUUUGUGUGAUCCACAAAUUGUUGUUCCGGGUCUGGCCACUAAAAUGUCCAAAGCAUAUGAACACGAUGGCUACAGGGUGUUGCUGCAUUGCUGGCAAGGUGGAACUCAUCCUAUGGAUGGGGUUGUACCGGCAAAUCCAUGCUUUCGAGGGCUGCCUACCUAAAGGCUACAAGCUAAAAGUAAAAGACUUUGAUAUGUGUCUUAAAACUUCCACAAUGGUCCAGCAGAAAACAUUAACGCCGAUUUGGAAUCAAGUGUUGAAAAUACACAAGCUUGUGUCCGCAACACAUGAUAGAAUACAGAACAGCCCGCCGUUGGUGAUGGUCGAGGUUCUUGACAGUGAUCAGCUGGGUAAAAGUGAGCUUAUAGGCCGGUUACAAGUUCAACCUGUGGUGGAUGAAAGGUUGGACUACUUGUACGCUCCAAAAUUGCAGUGGUAUGACCUCUUCAAGGGAGCUGAGUAUAGCGGCCAAAUCCUAAUGUCGGCUCAACUAUGUCAGGACAAUACAGAUGAGCACGCGACAACGACGGAUAAAAUAGUUAUGUACGGAGGAGAGUUAGAAGCUCAGCCAGAAUUUGGAAAAUUUAAGGAUUGGUGUACCACUCUAAAGCUUUACAACGGCAAAAAGACAGGUAUACCGGAGAAAGACGAUCAGUUGUACUGUGGAUUCUUGAAAGCUGGUAUCGCAAUAUAUAGGUGGCCACCACCCCCCGACACAGUUGCAGUUAGUUACAAUGGAGUUGAUUUGAAUAACGGUUAUUUUACUGACUACCCAAACAACGAGCCUUCGAAGUUUCUAGUACGAGUUUACAUCGUCAGAGGAGUAAACUUAGUAGCAAAAGCGUUUUCUGGUAAACUGGAUCCUUACGUGGCCAUCAGCUGUGGAAGCAAGCAUCUAGGAGAUAGAAAAAACCACGUAAAAAACACUUUAAACCCAAUUUUUGGAAAGAUGUAUGAAUUUCGAUGUACUCUUCCUGACGACUACCUACUUACCGUAUCCUUGUAUGACUAUGAUGCUGUACCACCAGAUGAGCUGAUAGGUUCCACUACUAUAGACUUAGAAGACAGGAUAUAUUCAAAACACAGGGCAAGAGUCGGCUUGUCUACUGAGUACAAUGCGAUUGGUCCAAAUAAAUGGCGAGACUGUCAAAAGCCCUCGGUAAUACUUGAAGAUCUCUGUGCAAAGAAUCAUUUAGCUCCACCAAUUUUUCCUGACAACGCUACAGUGGUUUUGAACGGUGUAGAGUACAGAGACAACGACAAUGGGAAAAUAUUUCGAACAGCGUCAGAUCGCAAAGAGAACAUUUGUCUUAGCUUACUGCACAGUUGGCAUACUUUGCCGAUUUGUGGUUACCGAUUGGUCCCUGAACAUGUGGAGUGUCGGUCACUGAUAAAUGCAACUAAAAAUGGAUUAGAACAGGGUAAACUGCAAAUGUGGGUUGACAUUUUCCCCUUAGACGCAGACGUCUACAUACCACCGGGCGUGGAUAUCACUCCUCGAAAGUUGGAAGAAUAUGAACUCCGAGUCAUUAUAUGGGACGUUCAGGGACUUAGGCUAGACGACCAUGGGAAGAAAGUAUCCGAUAUCUACGUUAGAGCAUGGAUAGACACGAUAGAACAGGCUCAGUACACCGAUGUUCACUAUAGCAGUUCAUCUGGAGAAGGAAGUUUCAAUUGGCGCAUGAUUUUUCAUUUCCAUUACCACCAUGCGGAGAAAAAGUUAGUAAGAAAAGAAAAAGGGCCAUUCACAGAAGUAGAGGAGCAUAUGCCACCAAUAUUUGUAGUACAAGUUUUAGACAGCGAUGCUUUGUCACAAGACGAUUUUUUAGCGUCAGUCUCUUUCAAUUUGAACUCAAUGUCGAAAGGGACGAAGCAACCAACCAAGUGCAUGAUAGAGGAAUGGGAUAAGAAUAAAAAGAUUAAUCUGUUUACGGUUUCUACAGUGAGAGGAUGGUGGCCUCUCGUUUACACCAAUCGCAAUACUGGCAUGACUGUAGCCGCUGGGUCGAUAGACUUAGAGCUGACUUUGUUGCCGAGGGAGAGAGCAGUUUUGAUGCCGGUGGGUCUUGGAAGAGAACCACCAGCGCCAUUGCCGGAACCCACACGAUCAGAAUCAACAGGUCGUCCACUGGAUUUCGUCAAGAGUUUGAAGUUCAGCAACUGGAAAAAAGAACACAAAGCUGUUGCGGGUACUGCGGCCGUUAUCACCUUCAUCGCAGUUAUGGCCUACCUACAAGUACCAAUGCUGUUAUUUGACGUACUGACAUGGAAUACCUGUUGUCAGGCUAGUGCAGCCCGCCUGGCUACAGGUACCCCUGCCGUGAAUGCCGCAUGUUGCGGCUUUUAUACAAAUUUUCCGUACGCUCGUAGCGACAAGUGGUGGAAAAUGGAACUAAUUAGAAAUGGGAUGAUGCGCGCCUAUUUCAGUCUUGUGCCCCAAGCUCCUAGUCUUCUAGCCUCCUUUAAGAGGUUUUAUGAGCUUGCAAUAGAUGGCGUUGUUCUCUUUAGGGACACGUUAGGGAUGAAGAGUAUAAAAUAG